AGAACUUUAUAAACACAACCGAACUGGAAACAUCACAGCCAUUGAAGCUAACAACAUUGUUGCUAGUUGAGCCAUAAUUUAAAGAUGAACUAAGAAAAUUACUAAGCCACAAUAUAUAAGAGUGUUCCAAACCACAUUAGAGUGUUCUGAAUAUUGAUGGAAAGCAAGAGUUUGAAUUUGGCAAAUCUAUUGCAAUCUUGCAUAACCAACAAAUCUCUAUUAUCCGCCAAAAUCAUCCAUGCUAGAUUAUUCCGUUUCACCCUUUUCUCAGACACUUUCCUCUCAAACCACCUCAUUGAACUCUACUCUAAGUGCAAUGAAAUCACUUCUGCACACAACGUGUUCGACAAAAUUCCCCACAAAAACAUUUUUUCCUAUAACGCCAUUUUGUCGGCUUAUUGCAAAUCAAACAACUUGCAAAAUGCCUGUCGUUUAUUCCUUCAAAUGCCUGAAAGAAACACGGUUUCGUUGAACACCAUAAUCACCACCAUGGUUCGAAAUGGAUAUGAACGACAGGCAUUGGAAACUUAUGAUUCAAUGAUGAUACAUGAUUCAGUUAAACCUUCCCAUAUAACAUUUGCUACUGUUUUUAGUGCUUGUGGUGCUUUAUUAGAUGCACAUUGUGGUAGGAGAAAUCAUGGGUUGGUGAUCAAGGUUGGUCUUGAUGGUAAUAUUUAUGUGGGUAAUGCACUUUUGUGUAUGUAUUCUAAGUGUGGCUUAAAUGGCGAUGCUUUUCGUGUUUUUGAGGAUGUUCAUGAACCUAACGAGGUUACUUUUACUACAAUGAUGGGUGGGCUAUCGCAAACAAACCAAGUUAAAGAAGCUUUGGAAUUGUUUAGACUCAUGUUGAGAAAAGGGAUUCGUGUUGAUUCUGUUUCGUUGUCCACCAUAUUGGGUAUAUGUGCAAAAGGAGCAUCUUUCAGUGUCUGUGAUGAUAGUCGUGGUUUAUUGACUAAUGGACAGGGAAAACAGAUUCAUAAUCUCGCAAUUAAACUUGGUCUUGAGAGAGACCUUCAUUUGAGCAAUUCUUUGCUUGAUAUGUAUGCUAAAACUGGGGACAUGGAUUGUGCUGAAAAGGUUUUUGUUAAUAUGGAUAAGCACAGUAUUGUUUCUUGGAAUAUAAUGAUAUCUGGGUAUGGGAACAAAUGCAACAGUGAGAAAGCUGUUGAGUAUUUUCAGAGGAUGCAAUGUUGCGGAUAUGAACCAGAUGAUGUUACUUAUAUUAAUAUCCUCACAGCUUGUGUUAAAUCUGGGGAUGUUAAAGUCGGGCGUCGAAUAUUUGACUGCAUGCCGCGCCCGAGUUUGAUUUCAUGGAAUGCCAUACUUUCGGGGUAUAGCCAGAGUGAAGAUCAUGGAGAGGCAGUUGAACUGUUUAGAAAGAUGCAGUUUCAAUGGCAGCAUCCUGAUAGGACUACUUUGGCCAUUAUUCUCAGUUCAUGUGCUGAGUUGGGACUUCUUGAGGCUGGAAAACAAGUUCAUGCAGUUUCGCAAAAGCUUGGAUUUUAUGAUGAUGUGUAUGUUGCCAGUAGCCUUAUUAAUGUGUACUCGAAAUGUGGGAAAAUGGAAUUGUCUGAGCAUGUAUUCAGUAAACUGUCUGAACUAGAUGUUGUUUGUUGGAACUCAAUGAUAGCUGGGUUCUCAAUCAAUUCUCUUGAACAAGAUGCUUUGGCUUUUUUUAAACGGAUGAGACAAUUUGGCUUCUCUCCUUCCAAGUUUUCUUUUACCACCAUAGCAAGCUCUUGUGCGAAACUUUCCUCUUUGUUUCAAGGACAACAAAUCCAUGCUCAGAUCGUAAAAGAUGGUUAUGUAGAUAAUGUAUUUGUGGGUAGUUCUCUCGUAGAAAUGUACUGUAAAUGUGGGGAUGUAGGUGCAGCCAGAUCUUACUUCGAUAUCAUGCCUGGUAAAAAUAUUGUUACUUGGAAUGAAAUGAUACACGGUUAUGCGCAAAAUGGUUAUGGUCAUGAGGCUGUGUGUCUUUAUAAGGAUAUGAUUUCAUCUGGCGAAAAACCUGAUGAUAUUACUUUUAUUGCUGUUUUAACUGCUUGUAGCCACUCGGCAUUGGUCGAAGAAGGGGUCGAUAUAUUUAAUGCAAUGCUACAAAAAUUCGAAGUGGUGCCAAAGUUGGAUCAUUAUACAUGCAUCAUAGAUUGUCUAGGCCGAGCAGGAAGAUUUCAUGAAGUAGAAGUCAUUCUAGAUACCAUGCCGUAUAAAGAUGACACAAUUGUAUGGGAGGUUGUGUUAAGCUCAUGCCGUGUUCAUGCUAACUUGAGCUUGGGAAAAAGAGCAGCUGAGGAACUCUAUCGACUGGACCCACAAAAUUCUGCACCUUACGUGCUUCUUGCCAACAUGUAUUCUUCUAUGGGAAGAUGGGAUGAUGCACAAGUUGUUAGAGUUCUGAUGAGUGAUAACCAGGUAAAUAAGGAUCCUGGUUAUAGCCGGAGUGAAUUCAAGUAUGAUGUACAAAGCAUUGUGUAAAACAAACAAUGGCUUUUAUUGCUUGGAGAUAAACUCAAUUCUAUAAGAUCUCAUUAAUUUCUCCAAAUGGUGCUCUCAAACCACUCCACAGGUGGAAGUCCAACUUAUUGGAUUGCUUACUAAACUGGAGUUCCAUGUCAUCUAUAUCACGGUAGUUGCAGCGUCAAUUGUUUGAGCUGAACAGGGGCAGUUUCAUGAAUUAGAAGUCAUUCUAGAUUGUGUUGCGAUCAUGCUGUAUUCAUGCUAACUUGAGCUUAGCAAAAAGAGAAAAUGAGCAACUCUAUCAACUGGAGUCACAUAAUUUUGCACCUUAUGUGCUUCUUGGCUACAUGUAUUCUUGAUCAUAUAAUUAUGAGAUAAUAAAUAUUUUUCAAUCUCAUUGUUCCGAAGACAAUAAUUAUGAACACAGAGCAGGAACGAGAAGAGACUAAUUUAUGGAGGACUAGCAUUGGUUCAGAUAUGUGGAGAAUGCUACUUAGGCAAUAAUGAAUUUGUUUUUUUGAAGAAGCUAAAUCAGCCCACCAAAAUUGGCACCAGAGGACUAGUAUAGGCUCAGAUAUGUGGAGAAUGCUACUUAGGCAAUAAUGAGUUUGUUACGAAAAGAUUUAAAAUUUCUAUCGUUUUUAUUUUCUUUAUUCAAACUUUAUAAUUUAUUUAUGUAAUAAAUAAAAAAGUUAGAAUUUUUCAACAAAAAUAAAAGCUAGAAUUUAUUUA